AUGGGAAAGCUUCUGGUAGCCAGAAGACUCUUGAGCGCUCAAGUCCAAAAGGAAGAGCAAAGAGAAAACCUAUUCCAUUCUCGCUGUCUUGUCCAGGAGAAGGUUUGCAGCUUAAUCAUUGAUGGAGGCAGUUGCACUAAUGUGGCUAGUGAGGCCAUGGUUGAGAAGCUUGGUCUUGUGACUCAGAAACAUCCUAAGCCAUAUCAGCUACAGUGGAUCAAUGAGACUGGAGAUAUGAGUGUGAAGGAGCAGUGGUCGUGCCACUAUCUAUAG